AUGAAGUUCCUGGCGACGGUCGCGCUCCUUGCAACUAGCGCUGCUGCUCUCAAAGACGGCGUCCGACUGAGCGAGACCUUCGGUGGCCCGCACGGAAAUAAGUACACGGACAUGGACUUGGUGGCGCCUGGCCAAGCCGUCAAGUCCAUUACGAUUCGGACUGGCGAGCGCGUGAACGGCGUCGGCAUCCACUUCAUUGACCUCACAGGCAAGGACCAGUACCUGUACCACGGCGGUGGCGGCGGCGACAACAAUACGCUCACGCUGGGCCAGAACGAGUAUGUCACGGGCAUCGAGGCCCACUGGGGCGAGUACCAUAGCCACACGCGCGUCCGGUUCAUCCAGUUCACAACCAGCGCCAACAAUACCAUAUCGGGAGGAACCCGCGCGACCAAGAUCGGAACGGACACAGCCCCUGAGGGCUACCAGUUGGGCGGGUUCCUGGGCACCAGCGGCGUGGAGCUGGACUCGGUUGCCGCGAUCUGGACCAGUAUUAACAAGCUGAACUAA